GUCAUCGUUCCCUUGUGACGUAGCUUGGCGCGUGGCGGCACAUUUGAAUCUUCCUGGCGCAGGCGCAAAGCCUCGGAGCGGAGGGCGUGAGCACAACUGAGACGAUAAUGAGGCCUACGGUCCCGCGGAAAGCCCCGAAGGCCUUGAUGAAGAGGACCAAGCCCCACCUCCGCCUGCGCGGCGACACCGACCUGCUGGUAAAUUUGAACUUUUUGUUGUUUCUGCAUCGAUUGGCAGAGGAAGCCAGGACCAUAGCGGUAGCAGAAAAGAGCAAAAUAGUUAAAUAUGAACAUGUUCUCUCGUCAGCAAAGUCACAGAGAUUUCUUGGCAAGACAGUGCAUAACUGGAGCCCCUGGUGGUGGACUGGGUUAAACCCUUGUGCCAACAGGACUGCCAACCAAAAGAUAGUUCUAAAGAAGACCCAUGGCUAGAGCCAAGAAGUAUUCUUUCAUCCUCUGGCUGAAUUUAAUGUAGUGUAUGUAUUAAAUUGUCGAGUAAUUAUGUAUGCUAAUGCCAAAAUAGCUUGUUACUUCAUUUUCAUGCUUUUGUACACGAUCAUUUUCAGGAAAGGGUAUGUAAUAAUAUAGUGUAAUAAUGAUUGCAUAACGGACUAAUGUAUGUAAAUAUCAGUGACUGAGAUGCAAGUUUUAAUAUUAGCUACAUAGAAUUUGGUUUUUUAAAAUACUAAUUAUAUAAGAUGGUUUCUGUGAGAUUGUGAAUGUUAACUUAUCUAAAUGUUACUAUGAAUCAUACAUAAUUCCUUCUAUAAAAAUGUACAUACUUCUGAUUCUUUUUAAACACCUUUUAAGGUUUUUAAGUAACAUACAAAUAAAAUUGCAAUUAAACAGAUGCUUGCUUUAGGAAACUUAGAAUAGGAAACAGGAUAUAUAUGGCAGUAGUUGUGAACAUAAUAUAGAAACUAUUACAAUAUUUCAGAAGUUUCCACUCCUCCCUCGUAAUUUUGCAUCCUUUUUGCAAGUUAAAUGAAAAUGAAAAUAAAAACAGUUUGCCAGGUCCACUUUCAAUAGAGGUUUCCUGGAAAAGAUAGUGGUACUGCAUAUUGUUUUCCUCCCUUUAUCAAAGAGCUGGUGGGUGCUGGAGAUAGCUAUAAGGGGCAGAAAACUAAUUUUCCUUUCACAUGGACAUACCAGUUCCCAUUUUUAGAAGAAGUGGCAUCUCUAACAUCUUCAUUCUUAUUUUAAAUAAGAAAGAGAAAAGAUGUAACAGGAAGCCUAAGCCCUUCCACACAGCUCUAUGUUCCAGAAUAUCAAGGCAGAAAAUCCUUGUCUGCUUUGAACUGGAAUAUAUAGCAGGGUGUACUCAGAUAAACCAUUUUAAAUCAGAUAUUGUGGGAUUUUCUGCCUUGAUAUUCUGGGAUAUAGGGCUGUGUGGAAGAGGCGUAAGCCCAUAUCUUUCUUUUCCUGGAGUAACAAUGCUCAAUAAAUACCAGCAAUAGGCUUCUGCUUUAUCGUUCCUAUUUGGAAUGCUGUUCUAAGCCACUAAGUCCAGAUCCCUCAGAGGGAUAUAAACAUGAUACAAAACUUUAUAUUUAUAUUCUGUAGUCUUUUUUAUAGAAAGUAUUAUUCUUUAUUAUUCAAUAAAGACCAUUUCUAUAUUAAAACAUGUUUUGUCUCACAGUGCCUGAGUGGCAUAGUAUAUAUUGGAAUAAAUGCAUUUUGUGAAUAAA